CACUAUGUAUGCUAGAAGUACCAAUCUGUAAUGUUGUAUUUAGUUUGAGAUAGAGAAAUACACAUUUUACACUUUCUUUGUGACAUUUUUGUAUGAAAAAGAGGUCCUAGGCCUCAAACAAGUAGCCCUUGUUACCAUGGCCAUGAGAGUGCUGCAACUUUUAAAAAGGGCAUUUUUGCGCAUUCCCCUGAGUGCCAAACUGCAUGCAAAAUUUAAAAACUGCAUGAAAAAUUUUUGUUUCCCAAGAUGUUUGAUUCUAACAGACACACAUUCUUAAAACAUAACCAACCAUAGAUUUGCACUUAAUAAUUUCUUUCCUAUUAGAUAUUAAUGUUUACAACAAAAGUAGUCCGAAUGUUCUUUUAAAGGCAGCUUGGAGAACUCUGUAUUAAAAUUGCAAUAUUUUUCUUGUUCAUAAUAGCCUUGUUAUUAACAUGUAUAACUCAAGCAGUUGUUUAUGAACACAGAAAAGUUAUACAAAAAGAGUUGAGUCAAAAUGUCUGACAUGAAAAUAAAUAGCUAGAGCUUUUACACAUAAGCAUCCUUUACUCAGUGUUAAGAGCACUAAAAGGUGGAUGGCUUCCAAAGAUUGUAAUGAGAAAUAAAUAUUUUUUUUUCCAUUUUUGGUUGAAUGGUUAUAAUGCCAAAGCGAAUUACUCGCCUUCGGAAAGCUUGUAUUUUUGUUCUGACAGUUUUACAUGAACAACAUAGCAUACCUUUCAAAGGAAGAGUUAAGAAGAAAGAUAAUAACAAAUGAUUUGAGAAGAAAGAGUUUAAAUCUCAGUGAGUACAGUUUGCAUGACUUUCCUGCAGCUGUGCUGGAAUUGGCUGAGUUGGAGAAACUUGACUUGGCAGGGAAAAAACUUACAACAACACCUGAAAAUGUUGGAAAAUUAUAUAAUCUUACCGAACUUAAUGUGAAUCAUAACCAUCUGUCCAUAUUCCUUGCAAGUCUGACACAACUGAAGAAACUCAAAGUGCUGGACAUCUCACAUAAUGAGCUAACCACCAUCCCUGAUGCUAUUGGGGAGAUGGUGGAGCUGGAGGGACUGGGGCUGAGUUACAACCAGUUGACUGUGUUGAGUCCAGCUAUAAAACAGCUGAAGAAACUCAAAACCUUGGAUGUGAUGGGGAAUCCUUUUACAGUCGAAGGGAUAAGAAAUGUUAUAGAGCUUAAGGAUAAGAUUAAAUUUGUGCUUACAGAUGUCUCAGACAUUUUGAACAGACAGAGAGCAGAAGGACACAAAGCACAGUUGGCUUAUGAAAGGGCCUUGAAGGAUGGAUAUGUUAAAGUGUAUCGCGCCCGACUCAUGCUGAUUGGUCAGGAUCGCGCUGGUAAAACCAGUUUGAAGAAGAGUCUCUUAGGCCUUCCAUUUGACCCUAAAGAACAGAGCACUGAGGGAAUUGAGGUGGAUCCUUCAAAGUGUGAAAUUGAUGUUGACCAAGCUGUCAAGAACUGGCAGUUGACCAAGGAGAGUAAACCAGGACUGUUGGAAUAUUCAAAAGAUUUAGCAAAGGAUGUGGCUGACAGCAUGUGUGGAGCAGAUAUUUCUCUGAAAUUGGAAGAUGAAAUUGGAGUUGUUUUCAAGUCAAAGCAGGUGCAAGAGAAAGGUUUCACAGAUAUUCAGCAAAAAAAUGGCAAUGAAGAUAUUACUGAAUGCAAAGGUGAAAACAUACAAGCUGAGCCUGAUGUGAUGAUUGAUGUUGCUCAACCUCCUGAUACUGCGAAGCAUGUUCAUCAGUGGUUGAACUAUGCCAAGGGUAAACACAUAAAGGGAGCUUUAUUCACAGAAGAAUCGUAUAUUACAAUGGACAUUUGGGACUUUGCAGGGCAGCACCUGUACUAUGCCAGCCAUCCUAUCUUUUUAUCACAGCAAGCAGUGUACAUAUUGGUGCACAAUCUCAGCAAGCCUUUGGAUGCCCCAGCUGAGCCUUGUAUCAGACAAGGAAGUAAUGAUGUGAAAUUAGAAAACCCUAACAAUGAAAAAAACAUAGAGAAUUUGCUCUCCUGGCUGGCUACAGUACACAGUGUUGCCCAAGCAACUGAUGAUACAGAUAAUGAUGCACAACACAAGCUGCCCUACCUCCGCCCCGCUGUGUUCAUUGUUGGGACGCAUGCUGACAAACCAGUUGAAGACAUAACAGUGAUAAAGAAACAAAUACAGGAGAGAAUUUCUGGUAUGGAAUAUGAGAAGCAUGUGGUCAGACCCUUAUUCUGCAUUGACAACGCUAAAUUACAGAGGCCAAACUCGAUUAAGAAAUUCAUCCAGAGUUUGGGAAAGCGGAGAGGAAAACAUAAAACAGAGCAAGAAGGAAACGUGGAUGGUAUAAAUGAAUUACGGAACAAAAUCCUGGAGGUGUUAAGGCAGGAGCCUUAUAUGGGGGAGAAAAUACCAGUCAGGUGGUUUUUGUUUGAAAAGGUGAUUGGAGCUUUGGUCGCUAAACAGAUUUAUCACAGAAAUCUACAACAACUUGAGCACUAUGCAAGGAAAGAUUGUUUCAUGGAAGAUGCAAAAGAGUUUGACUCCAUGAUCAGUUUCUACCAUGGCCUGGGGAUGAUAAUCAAGCACCGCAGUACAGUUGUACUGAAGGCUCAGUGGUUGAUUGAUCUGUUCAAGCAGCUCAUAACCAUACCACCUUUCAAUAAACAGAAUCCCUUAUAUGCUAAGUACUGGCGGGAACUUGAAGGAAGUGGCAUCCUCAGCAUGGAACAUGUUGAUCAUGUUUUCUCCAGCGUUAUUGGACAAGGGAUCAUCAAAGAAGACAUCUUAGACAUGAUGGAGCGAUUUGGUUUGAUAGCAAAGUACUCACUUUGCCCAACUAAUGUGAAGUACUUUGUACCAGCUCAGCUGAAGUCAUCGCCUGAAGAACUCUGUAAGAUGAAACCAUCGUCAGCGGAUCCCUGUCCAUUGUAUCUUUUUUUUGUCCAUGGCUUUGUUCCUCAUGGUCUCUUCUUUCAGCUUGUCUCACGAUCCAUUCGUUGGUGUUCAAAGACAUGGCCCACGCAUCAACCUACCCUGUACCAAAAUGGAGCACGGUUCAUCAUUGGGAAAGAUAUUCAUGAUUUUGUCCUCAUAUGCAAAACGGGAUUUGUGAAGGUAAUCUUGAGACAAAGGACACAAAGUCAUCAGGUUGUAGGACAGAACUCCGCCGAACUAGCAACUGUUGUUCGUGAAUUUAUCGAAGACACCCUACAGAAUUUGUCACAAGAAAUGCCAUACCUAAGGGGUCUACAGUAUAGGCUGUGUGUUGCAUGUCCUUACUGUCAUCAAGGGGCAGAAGAACCACGUCGUGCAUGCUCAGACCACGUGAAAACCACUUGCACACACGAGGACUGCUUUCAUCUCAUUGAUGCAAAUGAAGGCCAAGCAAAAAUAUGUAUAAGAAAGCUAGGGAACAAAGUACUUCAUCCCUGUGGGUUGGGGAAAUGGUUCUUGAAAACAAGACGCCAGGGUUUAUCCUCUUCAAAUGAAGCGGCCAGAUCACAUGGUGGGACAAAUGAAGUUGAUCCAUUAAAGUCUGAAACGGCAUUGAAGGUGACCCUCUUGGGCAGUGAAUGGAGUUCAUCGAUGGGAGGCUUGUCUACCAUAAACAGGCAGUUUGCCAUUCUGUUGGCCAAACACUCGCAAGUGGACGUCACUCUUCUUGUUCCACAGUCUGCCUGUUCUGAAGAAGAGAGGAGAAUGGCAUCGAGUCACAAUGUAUCUUUGAGAGAGGCUCAAAGACGUCCGGGUUAUGCCAACCCCCUUGACUGGCUGAGUGCCCCACCGAGAGAUCUGGCCAUUGACAUAGUACUUGGUCAUGGAGCAAAACUUGGUAAACAAGCUCAAUUUAUCAGAGAAUCGCACAAAUGUACGUGGAUACAGGUAGUGCAUACUGCACCUGAAGAACUUGGAAUGCACAAAGACUAUCCUCUGGCCAUUUGUAAAGGUGAAGAGAAGAAUACAAUUGAGGUUGAGUUGUGUGAGUUGGCAGAUGCCGUGGUAGCAGUUGGACCAAAGUUGACGAAAGCUUACUCUUCCUACCUGCGCUCAUGUGAGAAGCACCAAGAUGUAAUUCAACUGACGCCGAGCACGUUCAGUGAGUUUUCCGACGUAAAACAAGCUGCAGGUGACAUGGAGAAGUUUAAGGUUUUAACAUUUGGCCGUGGUGAUCCAGAAGACUUUAGCCUGAAGGGCUACGAUAUCUCUGCCAGAGCUAUAGUUGAACUGAAAGAGAGAUCUUAUCUUCUGAUUUUUGUGGGUGCACCUGACGGUAAACAGGAUGAGGUUGCAGCGAAUUUGCUAAAGAGUGGAAUUGAUAAAAGCCAGCUAACUGUGAGGAAGUUCGUACAGAGCAAAAAGAAAUUGAAAAAAUUAUUUUGUGAAGUUGAUCUCUGCAUGAUGCCCUCCAGAACAGAAGGUUUUGGCCUGACGGCAUUAGAAGCUUUGUCUGCCGGUCUUCCCAUUCUUGUCAGUGGCAACUCAGGAUUUGGUGAAGCAUUGUGCACUGUACCAGCAGGGAAAUCAUUUGUGGUGGAUUCUGAGGACCCCAAAGAGUGGGCAAAGGCAAUUGCUGGUGUCCGAGAGAAGGAAAGAUCAGAC